UGACGCACAAGAACAUGUUUACCUGGCACAGCAUAUAAGACGGAUGUUGGUCAAUGUCAGUCUUGGUUUUAUCACAACUGCAUAAGUGUUGGAAGAAAUCCGUCAUGUUCUAGUGAUAUGAAAGUCAUUGAUUGCAGCACAAGGAUGUGUAACGUCGAGCGUUCACAGUCUAGCAAAAGAAGUUGCCAGCAAUGCAAGGAUUUGGAAAAUUGCUACAAUAAAAACGUUUUGAAUAAUACUACUGUGCCAGGAUGUUAUGACUGGAAUGAAAUCAAAUGUGCAAAGGGGUUUGUACAAAAGAACUACGAUGAUAAAUCCCGGAUAAACCAUGUCGAACUGAUAUCAAAUGUGAAACUUGUUAAUUCUGAUGAAUUAGUGAUAUAUGGUUGUCCCAAUGAAAAUAACCUGAUUGUUGUGACAAAAAAAGACAGAGUAAACUUUAAGAGAAGAGAUAUUAUAUCAAGCACACAGGCUGAGGGAAUAUUCCAUAAAAUUCAAGAAAUCACGUUCACAAAUCAACAUGCAAUUAUGAAUGUAAUCCCAGCAAGAGUGGAAGAUGUGAUUUCCAACAGUGAUUUUGAUCAAGAGGUUCCGCUGCAAAAAAUAUUAGAUCAAGACUUGCUUGAAAACAGCCCUGAUGACAGUUUAUUGCAAGAUGUUCUUUCAGGAGAUGCGCCGAUAAACAAAACCAUUAAAGUACACACUAUUUCAAGUGGACACGUAUAUAAAUGCCUCGCAAAAACGUACACAACUGAUAAGGAUGAGGAAGUCACUACACUCUUUGUUGUUUUUCCAAUGACGACUAUUAAUGGCAAUUUGAGCAUUGGAAAUGUUAUUGUUGGAAGUACUAGCAACGGCUUUUUGGAGACUGUUAAAGAAAUUGUUCAAGAUGAGGGGAUCAAUUUUAUCUAUACCGAACUCAUGACUUGUAAGACUGGAUUUUCAAACUCAACAAGAUAUAAAACUUUGAAUAAGGCGACGAGUUCAUGUUUGGGAGGGGAUGAUCUUCUUGGUUUGAAGAUCACCGAACACGACACCAAUGUCACAGUCGGGGAUAUCAUUGUGGGAAGAGAUAGUGGGUCAUUUUUUGGAAAAGUCAUUAGUUUCUAUGCAGAGAAUGGCAAUUAUUUUGCGGAAUUAAUGCCAAUAUCUAACGUGAAGGAUGGGGAUGUACAAGAGCAAUACAAUGUAAGCGAAAUUUCUUCGCGUCGGAGGCGUGCAGUGGGUAGCUUGACAACCGGAGCCAAUUUCAUAAUGGCAAGAAGUGAAAAGAUUGGACCUCAUCUAAAAGUCAGCGGAAGUGUCCAGUUCAAUGCAAAUGUAAAAAUCAAUUUCCAUACGUCCUACUUAAAACCAAAAUCAGUCGGCGUGGGUUUAUCUGGUGGUUUAAAAUUAGACCUCAACUGCGAUUUUAAUCCUUCUUCAAGCUAUUCGGUCUCGCAAGUCAGGAAACUAAUAAACAACAAGCAAGUUGGACGUUUUUGUAUCCCUUUUGUUGGUGCUGUGUGCAUUCCGGGAGUGUUCAGAUUGGAUGUCGGAGUGUCAGCAACUGCUUCAGCCAAGGCCGCUUCAUCAUUAUCUGCAAGCUUAACGUCAAAGUAUUCUAUAUCAGCUGGUGGAAUAUGGAGAAAAGGGCAUGGGGUUGAGCGAAUUUUUUACGAGUUUCAGAAAGGAUCAGCAAUUCCAUCCUUCAAAGCUCACAUGGAGAACAAAUAUGCGUCAUUUUUGGUAACUCUUACGCCAUCGUUUCAAGUCCAUUGGCCAUCGGUAAUUCCUAGAAAAUUAAAACACCAAGCAGCCACAUUUCUUAAGAGAAUAUUUGAUGUUAAAAGAGGGACAUCUAUUCCCUCUCUGUUCGUAUUUACAUUAAAAGUUCCAUUAACAACAACACUUGAUGCAAAAUUUUGCACUGAAAAAUGUCCUGAUGCAGGCCAGAAUAUCGAGGCUAACUUCCGCGGAGGAGUGCCGAAAGUCACCGGAUCUUUAACUCUCAACAUUGGCUCGUACAAUAAAAAUUGGAACCUCUUUACAACUUCACUGUUUGAGCGUGCUAAAAGUGAAUGCUUCUUCACCCCAGUGAAAGUUCCAUGUUGCAUUACGAACGGCAAACCCGGCAAAGUUGAUCCAAAAACCGGUCAAUGCGAUGAGGAAUGCGACUGCUACUCGGGCGAUCCCACAGCGCCAAAGGGCAUAAAGAUGAAAGAUGGUACUUGCAAAUGUGAAAAAUGCCCAGAUAAUUCUAUGAAACGAAAAAGAAGCAAGGAAAAGCCUGAAUGCCCAUGUCUUUGCAAAGAUGGUACAGAAAAGGUAAUGAAUUCUGACGGCUCCUGCCACUGCGCCUGUGCGUGUGACGACGGAAGCAAAGACACAAUUGCGUGGGAUGGUUCAUGCCCGUGUGAAUGUUCGUGUAAUGGAUAUGAGAAAUCAACCCUCGGACCUUUUGGGUGCAAGUGCGAAGAUAGAUGUCCUGUGUGUAAAGACGGAGAAGAACCAGUAUGGAUAGAUCGAAAAUGUUUAUGUAGAAAAAAGAACAGCUGUGGUGUUCCACCAGUGUGCGUUAAUGGACGUAAGGGACCAGACUGUAAUCAGCCUAAUUGCUCUCCUUGCCAAGGAUGUUCAGGAAAUGGCGUUUGUAUUACUGAUUCCUCUUGUGGCUCCAGAUGUUCUUGUCGAAGACGAUGGCAAGGUCGAUGUUGUGAAAGACGUAGACCAGUAAGGUGGUUCGGAGAUCCGCAUCUGCAAACACUCGACGGGAUGGAAUUUGACUACUUUGGUAUUGGAGAAUAUUGGCAUUGCAAGAGCAUCGUAAAUGACUUUGGAAUGCAAGUUCGUUUCUUUGGUUAUAAAGGUGCUUCUUUGACUGGAGCAGUCGCUCUAAAGGUGGCAGAAGACAUCGUAACCAUAACGACACUACCAACGUCCUCAUAUGGUGAUAUGCCGAAGCUAAGAAUUAAUGGUGUCUUGCAGAGUUUGUCAAACCAUGACCCGAAAUUUUUGUUUGCCAAUGAUUCUAUCAAGCUAAAUAUCUUUAACCCUGAUAAUAGAACAGAGAGCGAUGGUGUUGCAAUAUUCGCAUUCCAAUUCAAAUCUGGUGUAACGGUCACGGUUGAAGCGGAAUACAGCCCAGUAAUGUCGCGACAAUAUCUUAACGUGAAUUUUAUACCAACGGCUGCAUUUACCAAAACUACUGAAGGCCUUUGCGGAUUUAUGGACGAUGAUGAAACCAAUGAUUUGAUAGGCCCAAAAGGAGAACAGUAUUAUAAUAAUACUAUUAAAUUUUCUGAGUCUUGGCGAAUAACAGCGAAUCAUGAUGGUUCAGGUCUCGUGGGAAGUUGGGAUUGGAAUUCUUCAAAUUUUUACAUUGACGAUAUAAUGGAUCCAUCGUACACUGACGAAGGACACACGCCGCUGUACUCGUUAGAUAACUUCCCAUUAAAUCAAGUAAAUGAAGCUAAGCGGAUAUGCAAAGAAAAUGGAUUGGAAAAUGUCAUACUAAAUAAUUGUGUCUUCGAUAUCUUGAUGACCAACGACACUUCCUUCGCAGACCAACAAUCACUGCAAAUCGGUUGCCCUAAUGACUGCACCGGGAAAGGUCUUUGCAAGAAUGCCACGUGCUCAUGUCUUGAAGGUUGGUCAGGUGAUGAUUGUAGUAUUGGAAGCUGUGGAAACUGCUCACGUGGUUCCUGUGUAGAAGGAUUCUGUCAAUGUCACAUUGGUUGGGAAGGUGCUGAAUGUGAUAGGAAAGCGACAUGUUUCGCUGUUGACAAUUGCACUUCAGAAAUUCAUGGUCUCUGUAAAACAACGGAUAUUUGCGAAUGUAACGUAGGCUAUACAGGCUCUAAUUGCAGCGUCGUAGCAAUCUGCAUCGAUGUCCUUAAUUGCUCUUCAAAUGGAGAUUGUAUCGCUGUAAAUGUAUGCAAAUGCCACAAUGGUUAUAAUGGAUCUUCUUGUAACAAGCCUUCGUGUGAGUCGCUUGGAUAUUGCUCAGGAAACGGUCAAUGUAUUGCUUUUGAUACAUGUGAUUGUAAUGUCGGCUGGUCUGGACCUAGUUGUUCCAUCCCUGACUGUAAUACAGUGAACCAAUGUUCUAACAAUGGCGAAUGUGUUGGGCCUAAUAUCUGUAAAUGCUUUGAAGGAUAUCAAGGAAAUGAUUGUACUGCUCGUUUGGAUUGUUCGCAUUUAAAUAAUUGUAGUGGGAAUGGAGUGUGUGGAUUUAAUAAUGCUGCAACGGAAGACUCCAAUAUUUGCAGUUGCUACUUGGGUUAUGCUGGAACCAAUUGUACUCAGUAUGAUUGUACAAAUGUCAAUGAUUGUUCUGGAAAUGGCACGUGCGUACAACCUAAUCUGUGUUCGUGCAAAAUGGGCUUUGAGGGAGAAACGUGCGUCAACUUUUCAUGCGAAACACGAAAUCGUUGCUCAGGCAAUGGAGCCUGCGUUGGUUACGAAGAAUGUCACUGCAACAAAAACUGGAUUGGUUUAUCAUGUGAAACGCCAACGUGUGAUGGCGUUAACAACUGUUCAUUUAACGGAUUAUGUGUUUUUCCAAACAAAUGCGAAUGUUAUGCGGAAUAUGACGGUAGAAACUGUACAGAAAAAGUGGCAGCGAACCUUAAUACGCCUAUGUUCUUAAACAAAUCUUACGUCGCUGUGGUAGCUGAAAAUCGAGCAAAAGGCUUUGUUAUACUGAAAGUGCAUGCAAAUGACAUUGACAUCGGACGCAGUGGGAUGGUUUCGUACACAAUUGAAGGGGAAAAUUUUGUCCUGAUGAACCACGAUACCGGAGAAAUCUCAGUCGCUGCUGACGGUGUUUUCGACUACGAAAGCCAAAGGAAUCUGACAUUCAUAGUCAAAGCUGCAGAUAAUGGUACCCCAAUUCGAAGUUCUGAAGCGAACGUUACGAUAAUCGUGAAAGAUGAAAAUGACAACUGUCCUGAGUUUAGUACUCCUGCAGGAAAUUACAAAUUCCCAGUUCAAAUCUUAGCAAGUGAUGACGAUAGUGGAGAUAACGGUCGGAUACGAUAUUCUAUCACGUACGAAUCCGAUCCCGACCAGAAAUUCUUUAUAACAUCAAAUGGUACCGUUCUACCCAGAAUAGUUCUCCAACCUGGUGCUUACUUGUUGACUAUCGUAGCAGAAGAUAUGGGUGCUAUACCAUGUGCUCGAAAACUAAGUUUGACCAUUGUGGUUGAUCGCACUGUCUCGGCCGUGGUUCUUCCAACUUCCAUAAUAUCUUCGUCUAGUAUUGAACUGUCGCCUUUAACAUCUACAACUACAGUAGGCGUAGGUAAACAAUCUUCAUCAGAUUUUUUUCCAGGCCUCCUAGCUUCAACAUCUACGUCCUUGUCUCAUGCAAGUACCAAAGCUCUUAGACCAACAUCAUCCCGUCUUCCCAGCUCCGUGGCUCAAAGGUUACAUUCAACAAUUCUAAGCUCGACGCCUUCGCUGCAAUCCUCACAACCUCCGAAAAAUGGUACUUCGCAAAAAGCAUAUUCGACAGUUUCAUUAAGUUUUGUUGACUUACAACCAUCCUCGUCACCUCUAUUAAGUGCCAAUUCCAUUAUAGAAUCUCUUUCGAAAAAUUCUAUAGCUGUGUAUCCAACCCAGACCGAUAACUCGGCCACUUUGAUCAUGUCAACUGAUUUUACCCGAAACAAGAAAUUGGUAUCUGUAAAGUUAAAGAUCCUGAACGUUGUGUUUGUCAUGAACUAUCGCGAAAAAAACAGUUUGGAUUAUAAAAAUCUCCGACGUAGAGUCGAAGCGGCAUUAAAGAUCGUAUUCGAAAAAAUUAGUGGAUACUUAGCAAUAUCUGACAUUGAUUUUGAUGAAGGGAGUGUUUUCGCUAAAAUCCAAGCAGAGUUUUCAUCAGAGAAUACGCAAGUCAGUACAAGUACUCUCGCCAGGGCAGUCGUCGAUGCUACUGAUAAACAUGGCAAUUUGGGCGACUUUCGACACAAUACUUCAUUUCUUCAGCAGCAAAUAACACCGACUAAACCCCCUACAGAAGAUGAGGGAGGCGAUGAGGGAGGCGAUGGUGCUUUAAUUGGUACAGCGGUUGGUAUCGGGUCAGCAGGAUUGGUUUGUCUUAUCUUGGCUCUGUGUUUGGUAUAUUACUUCAAAAUCAAGAGGACUAAAACAAAACAUCUGAAUAGUGAACGUUCAGCUAUAGAAAUGAAUUCAGCUCAUGACACUUCUUACUACGACAACGAUAUACAAAAAUAUAACUAAUAUUAGUUGUCGUUAUGGCAGAUCGAAUUACUACAUAUUCAGAUAUUUUGCUAUAUAAUUCACAGAUGUUUUGUGAUAUUCAGAUCAUGUGAUGAGGUCCACGCAAGCGGGCAAUAAAAUUUCUUUAGGGAGGACUACGAAACUUGAUGCCCUUUGGCAAAAGCUGAAACCGAAUCUAAUAGUUCUUCCAUGCACCGUUGCUUUUCAUGAUAUAAUAGUAACAAAUUACUUACUGUAUUUACUGACAUGUCGAAAAAAGUGUUUUGUUCAGAAAUUUAAUUUGUACGUAUGUAAUAGUACCCACGAAUGAUUUUAACAAUAUCUACACUUUGCAAAAUAUGGAUAUGGGAUUUAUUUAACCACGCAACCCUCAUCACCCGUGGACGAUUUUCAUGAGGGGCGUCACACAAUUACAUAUAUAAUUAAAUAAAUUUACAAACCAACAGUAUAUUAAUAAAAGUAUUUACAUAUACGCAUGCAACUAUUAAAAAGAAGUUAGAAACUAAGACUAAUUGAUGUCUGAACUUUAUCAGAUUUUUAAAAUUGCUUAAAGAUUUUGUUUGCCUAGCUCGCAUUGGUAAACUAUUCCAUAGCACAGCCCCACUACACCCAAAGCUCGUCUCAAGUAUUCAGUAUUUGGUUUAGGAAGUGAAAGAUUGAUGUCAGCAUUUCUAAGAUUUUAAUUAAUUCAGAUUUAAAUUUUCUCUUGUAAUGAAUUUAUCUUUUAAAUUAGGCCCAAGUGGUUGUUUAUUAUUCUAAACAUCAAAACAGAUUUAUUUAUUUUAUGCCUGUCAUUCAGAUUAUGCCUAUCACUCAAUUAUCUUGGUAUAUUUCAGAUGUAUAUGUAAAUAGCCUUCGAUAAGUUGCUACUGAUAGUAUGAUAUAGCUAGGUAACUUUAAAAUAGGCCCCCUUGCUGUAAUCAUUAUGUGAAUAAUUUCUGUCAUCUUUUUGCUCUUACUCUUCAAGGACUGAAUACAAAAUUUAGCAAAGGCCUGUCGUAGCUAUGUGUUUAUUAUCCAAAAAUAGCUAGAUACUUUGUGGUAAAAAAGUUGAUCGUUUCAAAAAAAUUCCCAUAAUUAAGGGAAAAUAAGUUUUCCCUUAAUUAAGCGAAAUUAGGCAAAAUCGUGUUUUCUUGUAGUCACCCCUUCAAACUCGUUCCCAGGGUUUUCUGGGGUUUUUUUUACUC